CAAAGUGGGCCGCGCGACCUUGCAGCGCCAGUCGCGAGUUGCACCUCAACUGCGUCAGGCACACCGCGCGCACCUGAAACGUCCUUUGCUAUGAGGAUAUACCUGCUGCUAGCAGCAUGGGUGGCCAUGGCUACAGCCUUGCCAUCUGGAACGCGGGACGACAUGGAAGUGGACGACGAGCCGUACUACAGUGAGUUGGAGCCAGGCCUCGACCUGAUCGCUGAGGAGAGUGGAGGGCCUGCCCCUGUGACCGCGAUCGCUCCUCCAGAAUUGCUGCAGCCGGAGAAGGAGCGGUCUUUGAUGCUGGUGAUGCCCUUGUCACCGUCAAAUACUUCCACUCUCGAGGACCUGUACACCAAGAAGCCGGAGACGCGAAUUGUGGAGACUACCACAGCCCCCCCGCCUCAGUCAUCCACCCAGAGAACAAAAACCACCCUGGUAGUGACGCCUACGCCACCAAAGAGGCUGCCCACGCCUGUUCACAUCACUCUGCCACCACCUGUCAUCAGACCGGACAUCAAGGACCUACUGGCGUCAAUCGGUCUUGUGCCUGCGACCACUACAACGACGCCUGCACCUCAGCCAGCAGACACCUUCAGCCCCGAGAUCCAGGAGUUGCUGGCCAAGUACGGAGUCCUGCAGCAGUCAAACGACUUCAACCCAUCGGCAGGUCAGCCAGUGCUGCCGUCUGUGGAUGUCAGUUCGUACUCGAGUUUCAAACCCAUUUCAGACAGGCUGAACGUCGACGAGGAGAUGAAGGAGUUGCUGGCUCAGUUCGGUCUGGUAGACAGACACACUUCCAGUCGUCAACUGACCACCCCUGCUACCCUAACUGAGGGACCGGCCGAUGAGCAGGAGGAAAUCAAAUCAGACAUGAAGAUCAAGCAAAAGGAGCCGCAGACCCCAGAAGUGCUGAAGGCAAUUCCAACCCUCCACCCGGACAGCAUGACCAACGAGAUGAAGAGGGUUCUGUUCGACCUCGGCUUGGCGCCCCACAUUUCUGCUGAAGAGAUCGAGGCUAACGAGACUCCUGGAUUGAAUUCCAUUCUGCAGGAGAGGUCCUCUAACAACCAUGAGUUUGUUUUCAAUCCAACAGACGCGGCGCCUCUGAAUGACUCUAUGGAGCAGAAGCUCAAGGACAUUCUUCAAACCAUCAAGGUUGUUAACGUCAAACAGGACGAGAAGGCCGAGUUUGCGAAGCUGCAGUCCAAAUACAGAAAGGUGCAGGGAUUGAGCCAAAAUGACGGGCCCGACCCGCUGACCUCUGAAGAGGACUACGUUGGCACUGACACGCACAAUGACGUGCACAAGCGGCAGAACAAGGACACCGAAUCGAGCAGCACCACUGAUUCGUCAUCAACGACGACGUCAUCAACAACAACAACGUCCUCCUCGGCCGACGCUGAGGAGAAGGAGACAAGCACCGAGGGAGGCAGUCCUUCAAUCGCCGACCUCGAGAGUUCGUUCGGCGGAGGCGGCGACGAGGUGCCCGACGAAAGUCUGCCGCCGCCCAAACCCAACGGCUUCUACUUCUUGCUCGAUCUGAACACUUUCCUCAACGUGGGCGAGGACGAUAAGGGCGUCCACUUGAGGCUGGCGCCCAGAUUAGGAAACAGCAAGAACUUCCUGCCUAUCACUGUGCCUUAAAAUAGAAAAAUUGAAUGAGAUGUAGAGAAAGAGACCCUUCCUUGUAUAGUUUUUUUUAAGUGCGUGUGUGACUGUACAGAAAUUAAUUAAGAGCAGUCGUUUCAAAAUGAGAAGAGAUGAUGCGCUGCUAAUUGAUUAUUCUCUAUGAGAGAGAUGAAUUGUGUGCUGACUAAUGGUGUUCACAAAUUAAUUUUAAGUGCCUUUUAGUGGCGCCUUUGGCUCAUAAAUAUAAAAUAUAUUAUGCUGAUGUGCAAGAAAUGCUGAAUAAAUGCUCAACUUAUUUAAGAUUAUCAAAAGAAAUAAUUAUUAAG